UUCCCUCGUGUGUCCCGCUAGCAGCGCCGCGCCAGUGUACACGGACAGCCGGGGAGCCGGCCCAGCACCACACCGCGCCACACCGCUCACAAACUAUCUCUAAAGUUGUCCGCGACCGCACGCAGGCGCCGCUCGAAAGUUCUCGUCGAAUAUUUUUAUUUUACUCAAAACUUUUUCCUCAAUUUAGUUUUCCGAUUGUACGUUACUAAAUGUUCAGGUGAACUGUGCUCGUCUUGUGUUGUGGUUCCAUUGCUUCAGUUGCUGCGUGCACUAUGGCGCAACAUACCCUCAUAGUUUUGUUGCUGUGCCUCAGUUCCCGGCUAGUGCUGCCGGAGCCGACGCAGCCCCCGACGGAGGCGGCGGAGCCCCGCGAGCGGGACGAUGCGCUCGCCGACUCGGAGGAGCCGCCGGAGGGAUACUACGCGUUCGUCGAGUCACCUAACGCCACACCGCCACGAGUGCGCCCCCCUCCGUACCGGCAGGUGACGUCAUCGUGUCCGGAGGUGGAGUCGAACAAACCGCACGUGUCUGCCAACAACCUGUGCGGGGACCUAAACCGCGGCCUCAUUCCCAGGAACCCCAUGGGGCAGAACCCUAACGGGGAGCCCUACCCUUUUGAGCUGCUCCGCAAUCACACGCUUCGCUUCCUGUCGCGCACUCUGCCAGUACUGCGCGCGGACGACACGCUGCCCCGCGUGGCCCACCUGCCCAGCAGCCCCGCCGGCCCGGGCCCCGCCCCCGGCAGCCCCGCGGGCCCCGGCAGCCCCGGCUACCCCGCGGGCCCCAGCUACCCCGCAGGCUCCAGUUACCCCGCCCCUACACACGCGCCUGAAGCUCACGCCGUGCCUGACCUACAGCACAACCGGUUGGAGGAGCGCAGUAAGCGGUCGCUGCCGCCCGCGGACGCGGCCGAGCACCGCGCCGCCGACGCGGACGCGCCGCGGGAGAGUCGCAAGUUCUGCGACAAUGGCGGGGUGUUCUGUAUGCUAUACCGAGCGAUCAAUGGCGAUAGCGAUUCCAGUGCAGGCGUCGAGCGUCGUGAAGAUCCCGGACCACAAGCUCACGGCGCUGGAGCACCUCACGGACCACACCAUAGAUACGAGGGUCCCCCGACACCUUGCCCAGCUCGCGUGGAGUACGCGACGCCAGUAUUCGCGCGGAACUACCAGGGCGUGUGGCGCUACGUGGUGCAGAUACCGUACGAGGGAUACUUCACGCAAACUGUCGAGGUCACCAGAUGCAUGCAGUCUCGCUGCCACUACCUGGAUGGCGGCUGCCUGAGCUCACCGCGCUGGGUGUCACUACUCGUGGCCGAGCUGCACUAUCCACCCGCGCAGAACAAGCAGCAGGAGUACGAGCAGUACGGGCAGUACUCGCGCGGCACGGAGGCGGACGCGACCGACAAGCCGCAGCACUGCGACGGACACGACGACAUGGGAUGUUAUCAGGUGCGGCUGUACUACGACUGGUUCCUGGUCCCCGGCUCGUGCAAGUGUUGGCGGCCGGACUACUUCGCCAGAUACGUGCGCCGCCGCCAGAACAGCGAGCUCUGAGCAACUCACGCGCCGUCGGAGCCACUGGACAAACACACGCACUGUACUUCUCGCUGUAUCCACACGUCAACUAGUUACUUUAACUCAUGCUCCGGCAAUCACUAAUCACACACUACUGUCCCUCUGAUGUUCCGAGAAGUAGAAAACACUGAGCGAUUUCAAAUCUAUUCUAUUAUAUGCCACACAUAUGUUUCCGCGCAGAGACGACCCAUGUCAAAACAGAGCUGCAUAUAUUUAUGUAUGUACGUAAUACUGGUGCUACCGCUACUGAAUUACUGAUCGUUGUGACAUUAAGACUGGAUCUAAAUAAUUGUAAUAUUUGUAAAAAUAAGGGCCUUAGUAGGUAUGUUCGUACCAAAAUAUUAUAGAUGACGGCGGGAGAGAUCUCUAUCAACUUAGACUAUAAACUGAGUGCUUAGUGCGAGUUGUUCACCGACUCGAUCGCGUUAACGUUGUCUGUUUCACGUUCCGAGUGCGAGUUUGUUUCUUAUUAAUGCUAUCGACACGUUUAAGACGUUCAGCGCUCUGAUUGGCCGGCUCAAAAAGUCCAACCAAUCAGAGGGCUAAACGCGGUAACGUGUCGAUCGCGUUAACGUAAAAUAAACUAGCAUUCUCUCUAUAUGGUGCGGUAACAGCGUAGUUACCGUCCUUUGCUGAUUUCAUACACAUUGUAGUUAAAGCUAAUAGAUGAAAUAAUUCGCACUACACACUCUGUAAUGUACUUAGUAAGUAAGACAGGACACACACACGCACACGAGUCGAGUGACGUGUGCAUUGCAUUUACUUGUAAUAUGUUGCUGGACAUAAGGUCUUCCUGUAGCAAUACUCGAUGUAACUCUUAAUACAGGAUCUUAGUAUUGUAGGGAAUGUAAGAAGCUCAAACUGCAUUUAUAUAGCGAUAGUAUAGUUUCUAUGUAUUGUAUCACACACACACACACAACCAUGCUUUCUUCUACUCCAUGUGCGGGCGGAGCAUCGCUCGCAUCGUGUGUCUACAUGUCAACUUCCGCAGUUCAAGUAGCAAGUUUAAGGAAGCAUGGUUCUCCUAGGAUAUUGUUAAUUGUACGCUAGGUUGGUUAUUUAUUAAACGUUUAGAUGUAAGUAGUUUAGUACAUAGUACAUACAUUAUAAUAAAGCACUUGAAUUACAUGUCA